GAGAGUGAUCUACCUGCAUGGUACUAUAAAGACUCUACAAUUGUCAGCAUUACCAGAAAAAUCCAAGAGAACUCAAGGGGGAACAAAAUGCCCAGGGCAUUCCUGGUGAAGAAGUCCAGCUUGAAAUCAGGAAAGAGAAACUGGGGAGAAGUGCCUGAUGAGGACAGAGGAGAGCUGUAUAUCCCAGUGACGUUUCAGUAUGUUGCCCGAAAAGAAGUUGAAAGAGAGUAUGACAACAAUGAGGUGGCUCUUGAUUUGUCUCUUCAUCACAUUCGUUGCAUGACAGGACCCUCCCCAUAUCGAGGGACAGAAAGGAACAUCAUUCAAUUACCUGAAACAGAAGAUGAAAGGCUUUCAACACAGGAGGAGCAGAGGAUGCUGUUUCGUUGUACUCUCUGUGACAAGAGCUUUUCAUACCAGCGGAUGCUGAAUCGUCAUAUGAAGUGUCAUAGUGAAGUGAAAAGGCAUCGAUGUGAACAUUGUGGGAAAGGUUUUAAUGACACAUUUGACCUCAAGAGACAUGUCCGUACCCAUACAGGUGUUCGCCCAUACAAAUGUCACUUGUGUGACAAAGCCUUCACUCAGCGAUGCUCGCUGGAGUCACACUUGAAAAAAAUACAUGGAGUGCAACAGAAUUAUGCCUAUAAGGAGCGCAGGAACAAACUCUAUGUUUGUGAGGACUGUGGAUAUACAGCAGACAGCCAGGAAUCCCACCUUCAUCACAUUCAAAAUGUGCACCCCAACAGUGCCCUAAUCCAGCGUGCCUCCAAGAAGUUAGCUGUCACUCUACAGGGCAGUGUCAGCCCCUUGCUACACAGUAGCCAUCUGAUAUAAAUGCAGCAAUGUUCAUCUGCAAAGACACAACCAAGCUUUGGUAUCAUUUCAAUGGAGCUGGAAGGUCAUGGACAUUUUAUAACUUCGCAAGAAGCAAAAAGGACAUCUUAUACUGUUCAUAGUUGAUUACCAGUCACACGAUUCAAAAAUAUAAUCAC